AUGUCGGAAGAACUUUUUAGCGAGUUAUAUGCGGAUGUUUUGUCGGAUUGUCCGAGUGAUUUCGAGUUCAGUGAUUCUGAUAGUGAUGAUUCAGACAUUAGACCAUCAAAACGACAAAGAAGAAUUCUUUCCGAUAGUGAAGCAGAUAGUGAUGAAGAGUGGAAUGAUAUUGAUAUUGUUCCUUCUUUGGAAGAUUAUUCGAGAAAUUCGAGAGUACCGAACUUCGAAUGUGAUCCACCAAGCAUCGUUGAUGUAAUCGAUUCGUUUUUUGAUGAAGAAUUUUUUAAUUUAGUUGUUUCUCAAACAAAUCUAUAUCACACCCAAAUGAAAGAUUUGCAUAAAAAUUCAGCCAAAACUUUACAGUGGAAGGAAGUAACAACGAACGAUAUGAAAAAGUUUCUUGGAUUAUUGGUAUUGAUGGGACAAACGAAAAAAACUUGCUGGAGAGAUUAUUGGUCAACUGACCCUUUGGUGGAAAUACCAAUAUUCCCUAAAACAAUGAGCAGGAUGAGGUUGAACAGAUCUUCACAUUUUUUCACCUCAGUGAUAACGUUGAAAAUGUAUUUAGUACAGAUAGGCUUUAUAAAAUUAGACCUCUCUUAG